CAGGGCCGUUCGCCCUGCCAGGGUGUGCACUUUGAUCAGGCCGCUUCCAUCUCUCCUCAAGCCGCCCUACAUCGCCCCGAGCUCCAUGCCAUGUCCUAUUUUCAAUCCCAGGAUCCAACGCUGGAAAGAUCUUUCCGGGGCCACAAAGAUGUCGUCACGUCGCUCACGUUCAAGCCAUCUAUGACCCAGCUGGCCUCGGCUUCGAUGGACUGCUCCGUUUUAAUAUGGAACUUCAAGCCCCAGUUGCGCGCAUUUCGUUUCGUGGGCCACAAGGGCCACGUCACCAGUGUCGACUUUGCUCCAACGGGGAGCCUUCUGGCAUCGUCCUCACGGGACAAAACAGUUCGCCUGUGGACACCCAACGUCAAGGGCGAUGUUACUGUGUUCAAGGCUCAUACUUCAACAGUGCGCACGGUUCAGUUCUCAAGGGACAGCGAGCUAUUGCUCACAACUUCGGACGAUAAGACCAUCAAGAUUUGGUCGACGCAUCGAUCAAAGUUCCAAUAUACCCUUGCGGGGCAUCUCAACUGGGUUCGCACCGCCAAGUUUGCACCGGACACUCGACUUGUGGUCUCGGGUAGCGACGAUAAGACCAUCAAGCUCUGGGAUCUCAGCAACAAGAUGUGCGUCAAGACCUACUGGGAUCACUCUGGCAUCAUCACCUCGACGGCCUUCCAUCCGUCCGGCACAAUCGUGGCAUCUGCUUCGACCGAUCGCUCAAUCAAACUCUUCGAUAUCCGCAUGCACAAGUUGAUUCAGCAUUACGGGGAUGCACACGGAGGCAUGACGAGCGGAGCAGGCGCGGCUGCUGGAGAGCGUCCGUCAGGCGGAGUCAACAGCAUAUCGUUCGGGGGCGUGGGCGGCGAGUGGCUUAUCAGCACCGGCAUGGACGGACUGGUCAAGGUCUGGGAUCUUAAGGAAGGUCACCUGUUUUACACGCUCUACGGCCACAAGCACGGUCCAACCACUGCAGCCGUGUUCUCUCCGACCGGCGACUAUUUUGCAACGGGCGGAAGUGACAGCCAGGUCAUGGUGUGGAAGAGCAACUUUGACGAGACGCAGUCGUCAGCCGAGGACGUUGGCAUUUUCGGAGCCUCACAUCAGCCCAAAGGGCGCCCCAAGAGCCCUGUCAUUGCCAACAUUGUUCCCACGCAGGGCGGCAAAGGCAUCACACACUAUCAGCCAACUCAACAGCAGAUUCAACAGACUCAGCCUGCCGGCGUUCUGAAGAAAUCACAGUCUCCAAGACUGCGGUCGUCGCAACCAGUCAGCGAGGAAGAGCCCGUGAUCAUCCAGGUCGAUGGCUCAGAAGAGCAGAACGUCGCGGCUGACUGGGAUGGCAACGGAUAUCCGAUACGGUCGAGCGAGCCACACAAAUACGACUAUGGCAGUUACAGAGUCGACUUGCGUGAGCCUGACAUUCGGAAUCCUCAGCAGCGUGGACAAGGCUUCGUUCCCGCACACGCUCCCUCGCGCGAUUUCAGCGGCUAUUCAAACCCCAGCGCGCGCCAAGGCGCUGCCGAUGAUACGGUGGUUUCGACGAUCCAGGGAAUGGCUCGGCAGAUCGAUGUGUUGACCCAGACCAUGAAUAUCCUCGAGAGUCGGAUCACAAUGAAUGAAGAUCGAGUGGUCGAGAUGACUCGGAGACUCACCGACGUCGUGGACCGCAUGGACCGUAUCCUGGUGGCCAAGGAGACUCGACCAACCCUCAUCAGCACCGGUGAGCCAGAGCAAACCCCCUUCAGCCCGGCGAGCGGCAGUCGAGGACCUGCAACCGGCUCGCUUUCUGCUGGACUGAGCCACACGACAACGCCUGUCCUCAAACCCAACAUCGGCGGGCACCGAGAGAUUGCUCACUCAAGCACCUCUUCCGAAGCAUCGUGAUCCCAGCCUCGAGACGGUGCAGUCCUGGAACAACGCAUGGGCGACACACUCCUUCACUGAAACAAGAACAGGGGGCUCCGCGGCGUCUAUGCGCUACAGCAACAAGCAUGAAUAAACUGACUGCGAAUGG